CAGACGGAAGCAGAUGACAGUUCACUGCUUCUAUCGUCUGCUUCUAUCAUCUGCCUCAGCAGCAAACGCAGGUCUGCCUGAUCAGACCAGACCUGUCGCUUGCGAAUCGCCCCGUCUAUAACAUUAUCCUCGACAUUGCUGAAUCCGAUCGGUUUGUAAACUGAGAAAGAUAUCUAACAGGAAGCGGUAUGGUUAUGGACGCCACGACAGCAGCACUGGUUGUUGUAGACAUUCUGAUGGUUCUGAUCAUUAUCUCCACCAACAUAUUUGCAAUCGUCCUCAUUAUGAAGAGGUCAAAGAAGAACUCAAAAAACAUAUUGCUUGUGUCUCUGUCAGUGUCAGACAUCGCUAUUGCAGUGUUCGUUAUCCCGAAUGUUAUUUUCUUGAAGGUGCAAAACUCGGCCAUAAGUCCAGUUUUGUGUCAGAUCUGUCUCUAUACGGAAUACAUGGCCAGCGCUGCGAAUGUUUUCUCGAUCUCAACUCUGGCUAUAGACAGAUUCAGGGCUUUGGUAUUUCCUUUGCAGAACAAGGACUCAAAGCGGGAGGUUUUAUACGGCGCUAUCAUUCUCAUCUGGAUUUUUUCCUUACUAUACGCGGUUCGAGCACCAGUCGUUUAUAGAGGAAGGAUGUUUCUAGUUGGCACUGGGAAGAACUCCACGACCGUGAAAUAUGGCUGCGCUGUUCCGGAGUCUCUCCUGGACCUACAUUCUGGAUUUAUUGUUCUCGACUUUAUUCUUCUGUUUGUCAUACCAGCGCUCAUCUUGAUUGCCUGCAAUGUUAAGGUUUCGUUACAGUUAAGCAAUAAAACCGCCGUUUCCUCGGCAAUGCCGGAAUCGGUUUACAAACGCCGCAGAAGGGCCGUCCGCACGCUACUCAUCAUGAUUCUGAUAUUUAUCGUCCUUAACUUCCCGUUACAUUAUUUCCGAAUGGCAAGGCAUGUUUUCAAACAGUCGGUAUCUGGGGCCUCCACCAUUGGCCAUGUUUUCCUAAUUCUGACUUUUACCAACAAUUGUUUGAAUGUAUUCUUUUACGGGUUGCUAAACGAGAACAUGAAGAGCUUUUGUCCGAUCUGUUAUAAGGAGAACCGAGUAGCGCCAACAGCGGACUCGAAGACGACGAGGACAAAAAUGACAAAGAUUACUGUGCCUUUAUCACAUUGAUUUGAUUGUGUAUUUUUAAUCCAAUUAGAACUGUAAAAAAAUAUGACUCUAGAGAUUUUUUUCUUUAAAGUACAAAGUUGAUAACCGUAGUUAAUGGAGAAUGUCGACGACACUUAAAUAAAUAUUUUAAACAGGAAUGUUAUACAGUGCAUAUCACGUCUUCAUACAUGUAACUUGUCGACAGAUGAACACUGUAAUCUUCCCUGUGAUCUUUACGAUACACUGAAGUCGAGAUUUCAAAAGAAAUCAAAAAUAUUUAUCGACUGUCCCAGAUUAUGGUUUCCGUUUAAUUUUUUUAAAAAAAAUAGGUAUUCAUCAAAGAAGAGUUGCAAUCGAUGUUCCGAGAUUUCUUUUUUUCAUAUUUCCCCUCUUAAUACCAAAUAAAUAGAGAAAACAAGUUGCUGUCCUUUAAAAAAAGACUACAAUACGUGGACCAUUUGCAUGCGUUUCCAACGAAAGCGUGAUAGCCAUAAGAUUAUCAGAGAUUCCACCGACUCUAGCCCUCUGCUUUUAACCACUAAAUUUGUACGUUGCAUUACGUAUACAUGUGUGUAUAGCCCUGACUUAUAAAAUAAUUAUGAUCUAUAUAUGAAUGAAGUUUGCAUGUAUAGUAUCAGGCAUUCGGUAAAUUCUACUAUUUGCGCACACAUUACGAUUUGCACUACUUUGUUAACU